AUGGAGCUGGGAAUCCAUUGUACCUUGCCAUUCUCCACCCUGCGCAUGCUUGCUAACCUGCUGGGCAUGCUGAGUAACCUCAAGAGACUGGUGGUCUGCAUCAAGAUUCCUACUGCAACCACCCCAGAAAAGGCAGAAUGGAGGUUGCUGUCUAUCAACAAUUUCACAUCUGAAUGCUCCCAGCUACUUCAUCUUCAAGAGCUGUACCUGGAAUCUCCCUCCUUCCUCAAGGAUCAUCUGCACUGUCUGUUCAGGUGUUUUAAUACCUCCUUGGAGGUCUUCUCACUCACUAACUGCAGAUUUAGAAAAAAAAUAUUGACUCACGUGUUCCAAAGCCCAUGUAUCAGUCAACUGAAGGACCUGUGUCUGAAGGGAGUCCCCUUAACCUCUGUCAGUAAGUGCCUGCGAUCUCUGCUGGAGGUAAAUGCAUCCACCCUCCAGCACCUGGACCUGGGUCUGUGUGGCCUCCAGGACCCCCAGCUUGAGGUCCUGCUCCCUGCCCUGAGCAGCUGCUCCCAGCUCAGAUCCUUCAGCCUGCAUGGGAACCGCCUGUCCAUGGCCACCCUGGAGAAGCUGCUGAGCUGUACCUCGGGCCUCAGCAGGUUAAAACUAGAGCUCUAUCCAGCCCCUCUGGAGAGUUUCAGCCCACAGGGAGUUUUGCAGCCUGCAACAUUUAGGUUGCAUUGUACUCAUAUCAUAAAGAUUCUCAAGGACCUUAGACACUCCAGGUCCAUUGUGGUGAGCACUGGUCAAUGUUCUUCAUGUGCUGAGAAGAUGUUCAGAAAUGGGGAGCCCAUCAUUCUACCCUGUAAGUCUUGUGUCAGGAAAUUUAAGAAGCUGUCAAUAGACUGA